GGCGGCCGGCUGCCCCUGACGCGCCGCUCCGAGCCGGUGGUCGGCCAGCCCGCGCCGCCCGGGGCCCUGCGGCGCGGAGAUGAGCAGGUCGGCGGCGCUCCUGCUCUGCCUGCUGGGCUGCAACGUCUGGAAGGCGGUGACCAAGACGCUGCGGGAACCCGGCGCCGGAGCCCAAGAGGUCACCCUGAAGGUCCACAUCAGUGACGCCAGCACCCAUCAGCCUGUCCCCGAUGCCCUCAUUGAGAUUUUCACCAACCAGCUCUCCAUCGCCUCUGGCACCUCGGGGACAGAUGGCGUCGCCUUCCUCAAAUUCCAGUACAAGCUGGGCAGUCAGCUGACGGUCGCCGCCACGAAGCACGCCUACGUGCCAAACUCUGCGCCGUGGAAGCCAGUCCGGUUACCCGUGUUUUCUUCACUGAGCCUGGGCCUGCUUCCAGAACGAUCUGCUACUCUGAUGGUGUAUGAAGAUGUUGUCCAAAUAGUCUCAGGAUUCCAAGGUGCCCGGCCGCAGCCCCGCGUGCAUUUCCAGAGGAGAGCUCUGCGGCUGCCGGAGAACACCAGCUACAGUGACCUGACAGCCUUUCUCACGGCUGCCGGCUCCCCCUCGGAGGUGGACGGCUUUCCUUAUUUGCGGGGAUUAGAUGGAAACGGAACAGGAAACGGCACCAGGUACGACCUGACCCCCGUCACCGCCGUCAGCGUCCACUUGCUGAGCAAUGACGGAACGCCGGUGCUGGUGGAUGGCCCCAUUUAUGUCACCGUGCCCCUGGCCACCCACAGCAGCCUGAGGCACAAUGCGUAUGUCACAGCGUGGCGGUUUGACCAGAAACUAGGAACGUGGCUGAAGAGUGGUCUCGGCCUCGUGCACCAGGAGGGCAGCCAGCUGACGUGGACAUACAUCGCCCCUCAGUUGGGGUACUGGGUGGCGGCCAUGUCUCCUCCCAACCCAGGUCCCGUUGUCACACAGGACAUCGCCACGUAUCACACGGUGUUUCUUUUGGCCAUCUUGGGAGGAAUGGCUUUCAUUCUUUUGGUUUUGCUGUGUCUCCUUUUAUAUUAUUGCAGGCGGAAGUGCUUGAAACCCCGCCAGCACCAUAGAAAACUGCAACUUCCUGCCACCCUGGAGAGUUCCAAAAGGGAUCAGUCAACGUCCAUGCCACACAUCAACCUGCUGUUUUCUCGGCGGGAGUCAGAAUUCCCGGGCCCGCUCUCCGUCACCAGCCAGGGCCGCCCCCCGGACACCCCGGGCUCAAAGGAGCUGAUGAGCGGAGUCCAUUUAGAGAUGAUGUCUUCCAGCGGGGAGGUGGACAUGCACACGCCCAUGCUGAAGCUCUCCUACAGCACCUCGCAGGAGUUCAGCUCCAGGGAGGAACUCCUGUCUCACAAGGAGGAGGAGAAAAGCCAAAUCUCCUUCGACAACCUGACACCUAGUGGGACGUCGGGAAAAGAUUACCGUAAGUCGGUGGAGAUUUUCCCCUUAAAGGCCAGGAAAUCUGUGGAAAGGGAAGGCUGUGAGUCCCCCGGCAGCAGCGACUACAGGAGGAAUUACGGCGCCAUGCGCCCGCAGCCUUUAUUCGAAAAGCAAGACAGAGACGGCCAGGCCUCCGUGCCCCACAUUUCCACAGGAAGUAAGCUCACCAUUCAGGAACACAUGUACCCCGCGCCUUCGUCUCCGGAGAAAGACCAGCUCGUGGAGCGCAGACCUACUGAAUGUAUGAUGUCGCGAUCAGUAGACCACCUGGAGAGACCUACCUCUUUCCCGCGGCCCGGCCAGCUCAUCUGCUGUAGCUCCGUGGACCAGGUCAAUGACAGCGUUUACAGGAAAGUAUUACCCGCCUUGGUCAUCCCGGCUCAUUACAUGAAACUGCCGGGGGACCAUUCGUAUGGGGGCCAGCCCCUGGUGGCCCCAGCCGACCAGCAGCUCGAGAUCGAAAGACUGCAGGCCGAGCUCUCCAGCCCUCACGCGGGCCUCUUCCCACACGCGUCCUCACAGAUCCAGGCCCAGCCCUUGUCCUGCCAGGCCAUCUCGCAGCAGCACCUACAGGACGCGGGCGCCCGGGAGUGGGCCCCGCAGGAUGCGUCCAUGUCCGAGUCCCUGUCCAUCCCGGCGUCCCUGAACGACGCGGCCUUGGCUCAGAUGGGCGGCGAGGUCCAGCUCCUGACCGAAAAGGCGCUGUUGGAACUCGGCGGGGGGAAGCCCCUUCCCCACCCCCGGGCCUGGUUCGUGUCCCUGGACGGCCGGUCCAACGCCCACGUCAGACAUUCCUACAUUGAUCUCCAAAGAGCUGGGAGGAACGGAAGCAACGAUGCCAGUCUGGAUUCUGGCGUGGACAUGAAUGAACCCAAAUCUGCGCGGAAGGGGAGGGGGGACCCCUUGUCUCUGCCGCAGAACCGCGCGCCCGUCCAGGAGCACGUCCAGAAAGAGCCGCGGGCCGCGGACGGCUCGGCCUACACGCAGCUCGUGUACCUGGACGACACGGACCAGGGCGGCGUCGAGGGCGGCGCCGCGGUCGCGACGCCCGAGGACGGUGCCCUGCGGUGCCUGCUGGACGGCGGCGGCCGGAGGGGCGGCGGCCAGCUGCCCAGCCUGCAGGAGGAGACGACGAGGCGAACGGCGGACGCCGCCCCGGCGCCGUCGGCCAGUCCCGACGAGAGGCGAGCCGCCCCGGAGGACGAGGACGAGGACGACGACGACGACGACGACGACGACGACCAGGGCGAGGGCAAGAAGAGCCCGUGGCAGAAACGGGAAGAGCGACCCCUGAUGGCGUUCAACAUCAAAUGAGCGGCGCGGGCCGCCC